AUGACAAUGAAGAGCUUUUUCAUAUUCUAUGUGGUUUUGUUGCUUGUCUCAUUCUCUGUUGUACACAUUAAUAAUGCUUUGGAGCUAGCUCAUGAAAAGAAUGGUGCUGUCCUAAACUACACUGUCAAUCCUGCUAGGAAGUUACUACAACUACCUGAUAUUGGUGAAGGUGAUGGUAUUGGCUAUAUUGGUGAUGGUAAUGACAAUGAUGGCAAUGUUGGUGGCGAUGAUGGUAUUGGUGGCUUCGUUGGUAAUGUUGGUGAUGGUAAUGGUGGCGAUGGUAAUAGUACUGGUGGUGAUGGUUCAGAGAACAGAAUAGGUGAAGGUACUUGUUCAAAUAAAUUCAUUCAAGUGAACCAAGGUCCAUCAGCAUCACUUCCAAGUGGUAUACCAACGUAUACUGUUAUCGUCUUAAACGCGUGUUUCUCAGGAAGCUGUAGUAUUUCUGACAUUCACUUGAGUUGUGGUUGGUUCAGUUCAGCAAGGCUUAUUAAUCCAAAGAUUUUCAGAAGACUUAACUAUAAUGACUGCCUUGUCAAUGAUGGACAGCCUCUCACUGCUGGACAAUCUCUUACUUUCUCAUACGCUAAUACUUUUCCAUAUAAACUUGCUGUUUCUUCUAUUGUCUGCUAA